AAAAAAAAAAACCAGAGAGAAAGUGUGAGGACGGUGAAGAAAAUUAGAAAAAUGGCAAAGGGAUUUGCUUCUUGUGUUCUUCUCAUCAUGUAUCUUUCCUUGUUGAUGUUGUGCAGUACUGGAAAUGGUCAUUCCCAGCAUCACAACCACCAGCAGGACGGCGGUGCUGAUCCCCUGGAUGGGGCUAGAAAAGUAGGAUUCUUCACUGUGGAUGAUCUCUAUGUGGGAAAAGUAGUGGGCAUUCAGUUUUACACCAGAGACCCUUCUUCUUUACCUCCGUUUCUGUCCAAAGAAGUCGCGGAUCGCUUUCCAUUUUCAGUAAAAGAACUUCCGCUUAUUCUUCAGCUCUUCGGGAUGGCUCCAGGAUCUCCAGAGGCCCAAUUAGCUGAGAGGACCCUGAGAUUCUGCGCAGACGAACCCAUAAAGGGGGAGCAAAAGACUUGUGCAACUUCCAUAGAAUCCUUCAUCGAAUUCGCGAGCUCUAUGUUAGGAGGAGGACAAUACGGGGUCGAUUUCAGAGCUAUAAAAACUACCCAUUUGGGAAAACCAGUCAGCGUUUAUCAGAACUACACUUUCCUCGACAUCAAAGAGGUGCAUAGCCCAAUAAUGGUGGCCUGCCAUAUUAUGGACUACCCUUAUAUAGUAUAUAUGUGCCACAGCCAAACCAGUAGGGUGUACCAGAUCAAGAUCGUUGGUCAAGAGGUCGGAGAUGCGCUCAAUGCUGUUGCGGUUUGUCACAUUGAUACAUCUCAAUGGGCACCCGAUCACGUUUCUUUCAAACUCCUCGGCGUCAAGCCUGGAACAGUUUCGAUUUGCCAUUUCUUUGGCCCUCAUAACCCUGUUUGGGUUAAAAAUUAACGAUAAUGUGUAGUUUGUUUGUUUGUUUGUGUAUUAGGCUUAUGCAUGCAUGUACUCGGGUACUCCCUUUGUUGUAGUGUUUAAAAUCGUCCUUAAUAAUGUUAUCUAAUUAAGUCCACGGAAAAAUAUUUUAAAAAAAAAUGCUUGGUCUAUGUGCUUUCUCUAUAUCGUAUAUGCCUACCAUAGCGAAUAAUGACACUGGAAGAUUUCUAGCUGAUUUUGUGUGUAAAUGGAGCCAAAGGAAUGAUAUUACUGGCUACUUAUCUUGUAAUAUGUUGCCGUUCAUUUUCUCAGUUUUUGUAACCCAGAAGAGUGGCUUGAUAGCCAACUCCUUCUGAAAGUGUAUCUUUCGGGUUCUUUUGGUUUUCAUAAAACUGUAUUUUCGUUGCAAAAAAAAAAAAAAAAAAAUGACACUGGAAGAUUUCGAGUCUGUAGCAUGAGCCUCUAGAUUUGCCAAAGACCUGAUUGUGUGCGACGUCGACGUCCAUCUGUACGAGUAAUGUUUAAUGUAAUGUCCAAGUCAAUAUAAUAUGCAUUAUUAAUAA